UCCUGCCUGUUCCUGCGCCGUCCAUCAAAUCCCACCGGCUUUAUUUUUAAACUAUUGAUUGCAUUUGUGUGAAUUUGUUGGUGUAGAUCCAUUCGGAUGUUUUAAGGAUCCGGAAAGCUGUAUAUGGAAGUUGUGGGGUGCAAGGCGAAAGAAAGCAGUUGCACAUUGCGUCCAGCAGCCAUGCUUUUCCACGGCAUCUCUGGGGAUCAUAUUCAAGGGAUCAUGGAGGAGAUGGAGAGGAGAUCUAAAUCGGAGUCUCGUCUGGCUAAAACCGUUCAGAUGAACGGACGAGAGACGACGAUGCCCUCCAUGAACCCAGAGAAGCCUGCGCUGUGCGCCGGCUGCGGUGGGAAAAUCUCUGACAGAUACUACUUACUCGCCGUUGAUAAACAGUGGCAUUUAAGGUGUCUCAAGUGUUGUGAAUGUAAACUGGCCCUUGAAUCCGAGCUGACGUGUUUCGCGAAGGAUGGCAGCAUUUACUGCAAAGAGGAUUACUACAGGUUCUCCGUGCAGAGAUGUGCCCGCUGCCACCUCGGCAUCUCCGCCUCGGAAAUGGUGAUGCGCGCCAGGGACUCCGUGUACCAUCUGAGCUGCUUCACCUGCACCACAUGCAACAAAACACUGACCACGGGUGACCAUUUCGGCAUGAAAGACAACUUGGUUUACUGCCGGGUUCACUUUGAGACCCUUAUUCAGGGAGAGUAUCACCCUCAGUUAAACUACGCUGAAUUAGCGGCCAAAGGCGGAGGGCUCGCGCUGCCUUACUUCAAUGGCACUGGCACGGUGCAGAAAGGGAGGCCGCGGAAGAGGAAGAGUCCGGCGAUGGGGAUAGAUAUCGGCUCUUACAACUCAGGUUGUAACGAGAAUGAUGCAGACCAUUUGGAUCGGGAUCAGCAACCCUACCCUCCAUCCCAGAAGACCAAGCGCAUGCGUACGUCGUUCAAACACCAUCAGCUUCGCACCAUGAAGUCCUACUUCGCCAUAAACCACAACCCUGAUGCCAAGGACUUAAAACAGCUCGCCCAAAAGACAGGACUGACCAAAAGAGUUCUUCAGGUUUGGUUCCAAAACGCACGGGCCAAAUUCAGAAGGAACGUUUUGCGGCAGGAGAAUGGGGGUGUUGAUAAGGCUGACGGCACGUCACUUCCGCCGCCCUCUUCCGACAGCGGUGCUCUGACCCCACCCAGCACAGCCACCACAUUAACUGACCUGACCAAUCCCUCUAUCACCGUAGUAACAUCAGUGACCUCUAGUUUGGACAGCCACGAAUCCGGGAGCCCCCCACAAACUACCUUGACAAACCUUUUCUAACACGGAUUUGCUUUUUUUUGGGUUUUUUUUGUCUUUAGCCCCUUUAUUUUCAGAUUCUAUUUUUAUUUUCCACAACAAAAAACCCUUCGGCGACCACAGAAAGACCUUUGGAAAUGUAAGACGAGACCUACUAUGUGUAGCAUUUGCAACCGCGUGGCAGCUGAGUUUGUAGUACUUGUCAGUUAAUUUGUUUUUGUGAUCACUUUAUUUAUAUAGUUGCAAUUUCAACACGCCACGUUUAUUAAAACAAAGUGUGUCAGCAUACAGCACAUGCUAUGUUUACUGCAUAUUUUGGUAGUGAAGUCUAAAUAUAUUUGAUGACAUUUCCAAAAAUAUGUUCAAGCAACAAAAUAUUCGUAUAUUAUGUCCUUAAAUGCCAAGUGGAUGCUGUAACCUCAAUUUAGGUCCGUUUUAUCACUGACUCUGGACUCUAAUGACAAUUUGAAACAGUAAAUUUGCCACGAUGUGGUGUGAAUCCGAUCACAAGUUGGCCUGGAUCGUUCGUCGGGCCUCAACUAGUGAAACAACUGUUCUGAAUGAAGAUAUCCAGCGCUCAGUGGCAAUAUGGUGCCCAGUAGGAAGCGUUAUGAGUGAUUUGUGAAUGCUAAGCAGGAAGUUAAUUAGGAGCGACACACAUCACCCCGUUUUGUUCUGUUUCCCCCCUGUUUUGCCACCGAACAGACCAAAAAAAAGAGGAAAAAAACCAUUUACGGCUCGGUUGGAGAUCGGUCGGGGCUCCUCGCUAGGGUGAAACAUUUCCUUGUGUGAUGACAAAUUUGU